UGAGUCGUCGAGUAGAUCAGGGAUUUAUUCUAUCUAUACUCUGGCUUACAUAACCUACUCUCCUGGCAUACACUCCUACAAGAUCAAUUGCGAAAGCCCAAGUCCACCGACUCCUUUCCAACACAGCAAAGCGAAUCCCUACGAUCCUUCCUGAACGAAGGCCAGCUACAAGGAUGAAAACUCUUCCUUUUUGGUUGAAAGCUAUUAUCCUGUGGCUCUGGCAUUCACAUUGGAAUUUAUUGUCAAAAUUAUUCAUCUUCUCAGAUCGCAAUCAAGAAAGUAAUUCUUUCAUAUCUCACUCGGCCUACUCGAGUGAUUCCGCAUUCCUUGAUAUGCCACAUAUCAAUUGGGUUCAAUUCGUCAAGCGCUCCAUUUCAUCAAUAUCAUUUAAGCCAUUCACUAUCUACUGUCUAACACCACGUCAAUGACUUUGAAUUUGGAUCAAUACGUGCAGCUUCAGAUUUGAUGUAGACUCAUUUUCAAAUGGCCUAUGGGUUUGAUUACUGAAGCCGUGGUUACUGUCGUUACUUCGUAGUUCUAAGUAAUUACUGUAUUCCAGCUACAUCGAGACCUCAUCCAUGCCAACCUUUCAUGCCUUGAAAAGUUUUAUAUGGAAAGCUUAUCAGACGUAGCGUGAGCUGUCAAAUACUCUAUCAUAACUUUCUGAUGCUUUUCACGAGCUUUCAAUGUUGUCCAUGAGCCUAUCAGUUCCUCUUUUGAUAGCCUAUAUCUUCAUUAAGGCGUGAGAUCGAGCCAUCACUCACUUUGAGGUACAGUUGGCUCAUUUCAAGACGCAAUUGGUUCAAUCAUUUCCGCGUUCAUGUAUCGGAUUACAAGCUGAUCGAAGAGUUAUCUGCCACAAGAUCAUCAUUUUCUGGUAGUGCAGUUUAUCUGCGGCUUUGUCUAAUUUUCCGACAUUUUUUACGAUACAAAGGCCUAGAUUUUUCAUACUACGUCAAGACACUAUCAAGUUCUCCGGCUUCGUACAUCCGACGUAUCUGUAAUACCCCUCGCGGAUCAAUGUAUUCGCAAUCGGUUAUACCAUUGCUUUAUAGUUUCAAGAUCUACAAUUUCAUCUCGGCGAUGCGGGGUUUUCUUUGUAUCAUUUUCAAGCCCUCGGCUCUCUUUGUCACUGCAUUCAUCUUUCGUUCUUCAUUGCAUUGGGUGACAACAAUAUAAAUAGACAAUUUAUUCAAUUCACAUUCUCUACCCAGUUGUACUGCCCUCCUCAUUCAAUUCGUCAUCACUCAAGUAGCCAUCAUGAACAUCAACGAACCGAGACGCGGUGGUGGUUUUGUACUACCUUUUUUCAACGACAGUAAAAAGUCACGAGAGCCUCAUGCGGGCAGAGAUUCAUUACAAUCAAAUAGAAACCAUUACACUGGCUGGAUACCAGGUACAGUCAGUUACACAACAACUCCACUCAGACAUGGCCAUAGAUGGCUUCACUCGCACGAUAAGAUACGUAAUCAUUUUGUGGCAACGACGGCAGAAUUUGCCGGAACGACUCUCUUUCUCUUCUUUGCUUUUGCAGGUACACAAGUGGCUCUCUUAGCAACACCAGCCAACAAUUCAAACAUCGUCGGAACCCCAAGCGAUCCUGCCCAAUUACUCUAUAUAGCUUUAAGUUUUGGUUUUUCUCUGGCAGUUAAUGCUUGGGUUUUCUUCCGUAUUAGCGGUGGCCUUUUUAACCCUGCCGUAAGAAUAUCCACUCCCUUUUCCGUUUUUCCUUGCCCAAUGGAAUACCGUCUAAUAAUCCAUAGGUCACAGUAGGCAUGUGUCUCGUCGGCGCUCUCCCAUAUUCACGAGGCCUUUUCCUAUUCAUAGCUCAAAUCGUUGGUGGUAUCACAGCUGCUGCUCUAGUUUCUGCUCUCUUCCCUGGUCCCAUAACAUUUAGAACCACUUUAGGAGGCGGAACAUCAAUCGUUCGAGGUCUUUUCAUUGAGAUGUUCCUCACUGCUCAAUUGGUCCUUACGAUCUUUAUGCUUGCCGCUGAGAAACACAAGGGAACUUUUAUUGCACCAAUUGGUAUCGGUCUUGCUUUAUUCAUUGCUGAACUUACAGGUAUAUAUCACCAUCUUUCACUCAUGUUUAUAUUACCUAAAUUUUCACACAUCAUCAGCUAAAUCCGCUAAACCUUCAUCCUGUGAAAUAUUCUAACAAAUCCCAGGCCUUUACUUCACUGGCGGAUCCGUCAACCCCGCUCGCUCCUUCGGGCCAUCCGUCGUCUCCGGCCAGUUCCCUGGUUAUCACUGGAUUUACUGGCUCGGACCCUUUCUCGGCGCAAUUCUCGCCUCUGCCUUCUACAAAUUUAUAAAGGUACUUGAGUACGAAACCGCAAAUCCAGGCCAAGACGCUGGUCGAGUUGGUGAAACUUUUGAUCCCCAAGCCCAUGCUAUAAAUAAAGGAAAUUUUGCGGAAGAGGGAAUGGUUGGUAGGGAAUUGGAUGAAAGUGGAGCUAGUCAUGUUCAUGGAUCAGAUAAGAAUUUCGGAACUCCGAAGGAAUAUGGAACGCAGAGAAGACCAUUUAGUGAUAGUCCUGCACCACCACAUCCGAAUGAUCAGUUUGCUGGAUUGAAUGAAGGUGGGAUGCAUGAGGAUGAGUUUGCUACUGGGGGAAAUAAUGGAGUGAGAGGAGACAGAAAAGUUAAGCGCGAUAGUGAGGGUACUUUGGUCGAUAAUGGGAACGGGAAGAAGACUACUAUGAGGGGUGGAGCGGGUGUGAUGGAGUCGGGUGCGAAUGGAAGUGGAGGUGCGACGGGAUGAACAUUGAGAGAUAAUACGUACUCGUAGUAUUAAACUAGGGAUAGGUGUAAAAGUGCGAAGUUUUAUAAUAAAUGAAGGGGUAAUGAAAUGAAAUGAAGACUGAGUUUCGUAUGGAUGGAUGGAUUGAUGGAGUCAUUCAAUAAUGGGUUUAUUAUCAAAAGUUAAUUUAUAUG